AAUAAAAAGCUGGAUUGCACUAAAUUCCUAAAAAGUUCUUCGGAUCCUUUCUGUUCUAUCUCUCGUUCGUAGCGAUUUGGUUGACUACAGUUUUCGGGAAAUGGUAAAUGAUGUAGAGACAUGUCCUCACGUAAAAUUGCAAUCUUCAUUUCUUGAAUCUUACCAUAAAAUAUGUGCGCAGAUAUAUGCUCGUAAUAACCUUCGACGUUGCUGCCGUGUCUGUAGAAAAUCAAAUAAACGAACAUUACAUUGUUUAGAAUGUGAAUUUACUGGAUGCUUAUGGGAUGAACAUUUUGAGCAACAUGUCAAAGAAUCAAAUCAUUUGUUUGGCGCGGAUUUAAAAAACUCUCAUCUAUACUGCUAUUCCUGUAAAGACUAUGUCUAUCAUCCGCGUUUAGAGAUGUUACGAAUAAAAGUUCAAAAUAUCCGCAACUGGCAAAAUAAACAUAAACGCUUGCCUGAUCGUUAUGAGCAAACGAUUUCACUUAAUCCAUAUGAAAAAUAUCCUUCUAUUUGCUCUACCGCAGGCCUUCGAGGAAUCCAAAAUUUAGGUGCUACCUGCUUUAUGAGUGUCAUUCUUCAAAGUACGUUGCAUAAUCCUUUACUUCGAAAUCUCUUCCUUAGCGGGUUCCAUACCUCUGAAAAUUGUAAGCGCUCUUCCUGCAUGACAUGUGCAAUUGAUAAUAUGUUCGCUUCCAUCUAUGCCUCUAAAGAGAAAACAAGCUUCUAUGGUCCAACCGUAAUACUGAACCUCAUGUGGAAACUGAGUAAAAGUCUUUCUGGUUAUUCUCAACAGGAUGGGCAUGAAUUUUUGGUGUACCUUCUUGAUCAGAUGCACUCCGAAAGCGGCGGAGAUAAUUCUUUCCCGUGCAAUUGUCCUAUUCAUAAAAUCUUUAGUGGAUCAAUGAAAAACGUAAUUACUUGUUGCGAAUGCAAAACAAAAAAGGUUGCUACUGAUCCAUUGAUGGAGGUCAGCUUAGAUUUGCAUGAAUCUUCUAUUCAAGGAUGCUUGGAAAGAUAUAUUUCCCCCGAACAAAUUCAAUAUACUUGCAGUAAUUGCAAUGCAAAAGUAGCUACAAAGCAAUUGUUUUUCGAUAAACUUCCCCCAACGCUGUGUUUACAACUGAAGCGUUUUGAGCAAAAUUCAUUUGCCAUGUCCACCAAAGUUGAUAAGUUAAUUACUUAUCCUAUGCUUUUAAAGAUGCAGUACAACUUCAAUCAGGAUUCUGUGGAUUACCAGUUGUAUGCGAUAGUUUGUCACAAAGGCACUUUGGAUACUGGACAUUACAUUGCAUAUACUUUAUUCCAAGAUCAUUGGUAUCUGUUGGAUGAUACUACAAUUACAGUUGUGCCAGAAUCAGAGGUAAUGAAAACACAAGCAUAUCUUUUAUUCUAUCACGAGAAAAAUUUGGUUUACGAUGAUGAGCAUGUAGAAAGAAAGUAAAAUUUGUCAAAAGUUAUUCAAAAGUUUUUUGGCGAUCAGAUAUCCGUUCAUACGCAUUUUUCAUUAAAACCUCAAAAACAGCACAAGAAGCUGCUGGGUUCCUUCGUAGGUAAAUAUAUCAUCAUUUCGCGCAAAAAAAUAUCUGAACAUCUUCGUCGAAUUAUAACAAUAGAGAGGAAGGUUGAAAACCAAUAUAGGAUGCGUAUAACUAACUACAUAACUUGCUUGUGCGUUGAAAUGAAUUUCAUUUUUCAUCGACAUAAAGUCAACACUUUCACUAGCAAAUUUUUAGAUGUCAGAGUAUUUUAUGGAAUAAAAGUAUGGUUUAAUAAAUUGUUUAAAUCUCGGAGCUGUUGUAUGGUCAGACUACUAAUCUUUCACGGGUAGAACUAGUUCAUCUAAGUCUUCAGGUAUAUCGCACGCCUGAAGAACUUGUGGAAGUUCAGCGCCCAUAUCUCUGCAAAAUGAAAGCAAAGAGUGUAUCUGAUCCGUCCAUAAAUUGGCAGCUUCAAGAUACUUCAUUGUCAUUUUUUCUUGCAAAGCGAUUGUUUCAGGAUUGCAAUGGUUUAAACUGGCAAGCUCGGAUUGCAAAGAUUGAAGUGUCGAUUCUUUCUGUGCUAACAUUUGUGGUGUAAAAGUUUCAUCUUGAUCAUCUUCAUUCUCAGAUUUCCGUUUAGCUGUUUCGUUCUCGAUGGAUUCAGAGACUUGAAGGAUCUUUUCGCGAUAGUCCGCCAGUUGUAUUUGAAGAGACUCAAUCGUUGUUUCACGAGACCGUUUUGCCUCUGAUGGAAAUGACCAGUAAUAGUUGCUCGUUCCAAUCUUUUCAGACUUCACGAGGCCAUCGUCAACCAACGAUUGUAGCACGUCUUUUACUGUUUGAAGGACAAUUUGUCGUUUGGAACCCAAUUUUUCAAUUUCUUUCAACUGAAAAAAAUCUUUCUAAAACCAUUGAGUGUCAAUAAUAAAUAUCUUUCUUACUUCCAAGCACUAGUUUAUCAUAAUACCGUUCUUUCUCUAAUGUUUC